AUGGCUACGCUACGUCAACCUUCCAGUUCUCUACGGCUGAUCUGCCUCAACACCAGGCUGUCCGCCCAUCAAUCCCGCCAAAGGAUUAAAUUGCUGUCGAGACACCAAGUUCGCUGCUACUCCAAAUCAGUCGGGGCAUUUAGUGGAGGGCGUGAUGUUCGGAUUCUGGAAGUUGGGCCUCGCGAUGGUCUUCAAAACAUCAAGAAUGUUGUCCCGACAGCGACGAAAGUAGAGCUCAUCCGGCGGCUAGCAGCCACUGGCCUGCGAGAUAUUGAGGCGACCUCUUUUGUCUCCCCCAAAUGGGUGCCUCAGCUGGCUGACGGAGCCGAAGUUAUGCGGGAGAUCCGACCUCUGAUGACAGAUGCCGAAAGGACGUUUCCCGUGCUGGCGCCCAAUGCGAAGGGGUUGAUAAAUGCAAGCAAAAGCGACGCGAAAGAGGUCGUCGUGUUCGCGUCUGCCUCUCAAGCAUUCAGCAAGGCUAAUCAGAAUUGUACCAUCGAUGAAGCACUUGCUCAGGCCGAGAGCGUCACAACGAAGGCUCGGGAAAGCUCGAUCUUGGUUCGAGGAGUGGUUUCAUGCAUCUUUGCCGACCCAUAUACCGGCCCCACUCAGCCACAAGAAGUCGAGUAUGUUGUCAGGCGUCUUCUCGACAUGGGCUGUUACGAGGUCGCCCUAGGUGAUACAACUGGGGUGGGAACGCCAUACGACACGCAAAAACUGCUCGAGUAUCUCUUUGCACGGCACCCAGUAUCGUUACUUGCAGGCCAUUUCCACGACACUUAUGGGCAGGCCGUGGCAAAUGUUGUCAAGGCCUACGAUAUGGGUCUCCGAACAUUCGACAGUAGUGUCGCUGGCCUCGGUGGUUGUCCCUACGCCGUAGGAGCGAGAGGUAACCUCGCAACAGAAGACAUUGUGUACCUGUUUGACAGGAUGGGUGUGAAGACAGGCGUGAAUCUAGACAAGCUUGUCGAGACUGGGGAAUGGAUUUCACGACAGCUGGGAAUACCAAAUGGCAGCCGUGCUGGUGCGGCUCUCAGUGCCAAAUCUCGAGCCGGAACUCAGCUACCAUCAUCACCAGCAGCAAAAAAGUCCACCAGGAGAGACUGGACCACGAUUGAAGAUAAUGGCAACUAUCGGGUCGCCCGAAACGGCCCUGUUGUUAAGGUGACGCUCACGCGAGACCGAAACGGCAACGCACUCACCGGUCAAAUGGUCGAAGGUUUAACCCAGCUCUACCGUAGCCUGGCUACGGACCACACCGUUUUUCAUAUCGUCCUGGCUUCUGAAGGUCGAUUCUUCUGCACGGGUAUGGACCUGAGCGGCGGGACAGAAACAAGCGACACCGCCAAAGAAGAUGGGUAUUAUACCAAGGUAUACGACCUCUUCCAGGCCAUCGACGAAAGUCCGCAAACGACCAUCGCGGUGGUCGAUGGGCCUUGUUACGCUGGCGGUGUCGGCCUAAGCACCGCCUGUGACGUGCGACUGGUCUCGUCCCGAGCACGAUGGACACUGAGCGAAAUCAAACUCGGCCUGGUACCGGCAAUCAUCUCGAAAUUCGUGGUCCGAGAAUGGGGUCCCUCGUUCGCACGGGAAGCGAUCUUGAGUGGCAGGGAAGUCCACGCUGCCGAACUACACCGUAUCGGGGCCGUUCACGGCCUAGCUAGCUCGUCCGAGGAAUUGGAGGAAAUGGUGGAAAAAUACUUGGACCAACUGCGACGUGCGGCCCCGCGAGCAGCUACCGCAUGUAAGGACUUGGUCAAGGUUGCGUGGGCACACCCUCAAACGGACAUACAGGAAAAUGUGAUCCGGACCAAAUUUGCACAAAUGAUGCUGCCCGGCUCUGAAGGUCGGCACGGCAUCGAACAGUUCCAAAGGAAAACCAAGGGAGGAGUUGACUGGGUCAAGUUCUGGGAUACCUAA